CGCCUUGCUGAACGGCGGCGUCACUUCGUGAUCUGGGCUGGAGAAAGUCUCUUGGCACCCACGAGCUGGCCCCGGCCCUGCAUUUCGGCGCUAGCUAAAAGUUUAAGCGAAACAAUUCUCUGCCGCAGCUUUCGAUGCUCGAUCUGUUCUGCUUUUCUUUCUCCUCCUCUCUUCUGCCUCUCUCUCCUCCACACCUGAGGUAGAAGCAGCAGCAGCAAGAUGGCGGAGCAACUGGAGCGGUUCGAGGCGGGCGAGAGCACCGGCAUGGCUCUCGAGGUCAAGGACGGCGACAAUGUCGUGCGCUUCUGUGAAGGCCGGUCCUUCGGUGCUCAUCGCAGCAUUGCCGGCGAGCUGGUCUUCCAGACGGGCAUGGUGGGUUAUCCCGAGUCCAUCACUGACCCCUCCUACCGCGGACAGAUUCUAGUCAUCACCUUCCCGCUGGUGGGCAACUACGGAGUGCCGCCCCGCGAUGCACUGGACCCCAUCCUCGGCGACCUGCCCGCCCACUUCGAGGCCUCGCAAAUCCACAUCGCAGGUCUGGUCGUGGCCUCGUACUGCGGCGAAGACUACUCGCACCAUCUGGCCAGCUCUUCACUGGGCGCAUUGCUGAAGGAGCAAAAUGUGCCCGCCAUCUGCGGCGUCGACACUCGAGCUCUCACAAAGAAGAUCCGAGAGAAGGGAAGCAUGCUCGGUCGCCUGCUCAUGCAGACGGGAACCCGCAGAGAAGUCAAUGGAAACGGCUCGCCGACAACCGGGGCCAUGACACCCAGCGGCACGGCACCAGCAACACCAGCCGCCAACCUCCACGAGGUCAACACCGCCCUGGCACCGAAAGGCGUCAAUGGCACCAAUGGCGUGAAUGGCUACUUUGGCCGAACGAAAGAGGUGGCAGUGUAUGAAGAGAUCGACUUCUACAAUCCUAACACCAGAAACCUGGUCGCAGACGUUUCAACCUCAAAGCCAAAGAUUUAUUCUCCACCUGCGUCCGUUACGUCGUUGCGUCAUCCGUCUGGUCGUCCUGUGCGUGUUCUCUGCGUUGAUGUUGGUCUCAAGUACAACCAGCUGCGCUGCCUGGUCAAGCGCGGUGUGGAGGUCGAGGUCGUGCCAUGGGACUACGACUUCCCUGGCCUGGCGGGCAAGGAAUACGAUGGUCUCUUCAUCUCGAACGGUCCUGGUGACCCGGCGAUGAUGGACGUCACAGUCAAGAACAUUCAGCAGACCAUGGAGGAGGGUCGAGUACCAAUCUUCGGUAUCUGUCUUGGGCAUCAGCUCCUUGCUCGUGCUGCAGGCGCCAGCACAAUGAAGAUGAAGUUCGGCAACCGUGGACACAACAUUCCUUGCACAAACAUGCUCUCUGGCAAGUGCUACAUCACAUCACAAAACCACGGUUAUGCUGUGGACUCGAACUCUCUGCCCAAAGAAUGGAGCGAGCUGUUCGUCAAUGCCAACGACGAGAGCAACGAGGGUAUCCGACACACCAGCCGGCCAUACUUCUCGGUGCAAUUCCACCCAGAAAGCACACCCGGACCCCGCGACACCGAGUUUCUCUUCGACGUUUUCAUUAGCACCAUCCAGAACGUCAUCCAAGACAACAGCUUCAUGCAGAAGCCAGUGGCUUUCCCUGGCGGUGACUGGGAGGAGAACCGAGCACUUCACCCACGACCAGAUGUCAAGAAGGUCCUUGUCCUGGGAUCUGGAGGUCUGAGUAUCGGACAGGCCGGAGAGUUCGAUUACUCUGGCAGUCAAGCUAUCAAGGCCCUGAAGGAGGAGGGCAUCUACACGAUUCUCAUCAAUCCCAACAUUGCCACGAUUCAGACUUCCAAGGGCCUCGCCGACAAGGUUUACUUCUUGCCAGUCAACGCCGAGUUCGUGCGCAAGGUCAUCAAGCACGAACGCCCAGAUGCCAUCUACUGCACAUUCGGAGGUCAGACUGCGCUUCAAGUUGGUAUUCAGCUCAAGGAUGAGUUCGAGUCUCUUGGUGUCAAGGUCCUGGGCACUCCAAUUGAUACCAUCAUCACCACCGAGGACCGUGAGCUCUUCGCCCGCAGCAUGGACUCCAUUGGAGAGCCAUGUGCCAAGUCGAAGUCGGCCAACAACAUGCAAGAGGCCCUUGAGGCGGUCGAGGGCAUUGGCUACCCAGUCAUCGUGCGUGCUGCAUACGCUCUCGGUGGUCUCGGCUCUGGUUUUGCGUCGAACAAGGAGGAGCUUGUUGAUCUCUGCCACAAGGCCUUCGCCGCCAGUCCUCAAAUCCUGGUCGAGCGCAGUAUGAAGGGCUGGAAAGAGAUUGAGUACGAAGUCGUUCGUGAUGCGUACGACAACUGCAUUACGGUCUGCAACAUGGAGAACUUUGAUCCUCUCGGCAUCCACACUGGCGAUUCGAUUGUCGUUGCGCCGUCGCAGACUCUCUCCGACGAGGACUACAACAUGCUGCGAACGACAGCAGUGCGCGUCAUCCGACACCUCGGCGUUGUGGGUGAGUGCAAUAUCCAGUAUGCGCUCAACCCAGACAGCAGAGAGUUCUGCAUUAUCGAAGUCAACGCUCGUCUUUCUCGAUCUUCCGCAUUGGCCUCGAAAGCCACCGGUUACCCACUCGCCUUCGUGGCGGCCAAACUUGGUCUGAACAUUCCGCUCAACGAGAUCAAGAACAGCGUUACCAAGAAGACCGUCGCAUGCUUCGAGCCUUCUCUCGAUUACGUUGUGGUGAAGAUUCCAAGAUGGGAUCUCAAGAAGUUCACUCGUGUUUCUACUCUGCUCGGAUCAUCCAUGAAGAGUGUUGGUGAAGUCAUGGCCAUUGGCCGCACAUUCGAAGAAGCUGUGCAGAAAGCCAUCCGUUCUGUCGACCCCAGCAAUCUCGGAUUCCACAACACUCCGGCGCUCAUGUCAAUUGACAUUGACACCGAAUUGCAGACUCCUUCCGACCAGCGCAUGUUUGCUCUGGCGAACGCCCUCCACAGCGGCUACACUGUCGACAAGAUCUGGGAGCUCACCAAGAUUGACAAGUGGUUCUUGCGGAAACUCAAGAGCCUCAACGAUUUUGGCAAGCUCAUGACUGAGUUCGACGUCGACAGCAUUCCCGCUCCUCUGUUCCGCAAGGCCAAGGAGAUGGGAUUCUCAGAUAAGCAGCUCUCGCUUUUCUGGGACAGCAACGAGGGUAAUGUGAGACGUGCCCGUCUGGCUAAUGGCCUGAUGCCCUUCGUCAAGCAGAUUGAUACUGUUGCGGCCGAGUUCCCGGCAUUCACGAAUUACCUGUAUACCACAUACAACGGAGCGGAGCAUGAUGUCGAGUUUAAGGACCGAGGUGUCAUGGUCCUUGGUUCUGGUGUGUACAGAAUUGGAUCCAGUGUCGAGUUCGAUUGGUGCUCUGUGAGAGCCAUCAGAACGCUAAGGAGUGCUGGGUUCAAGACUGUCAUGGUCAACUAUAACCCGGAGACGGUAUCCACCGAUUUUGACGAAGCGGAUCGUUUGUAUUUCGAGAAUAUUACGCUCGAAACGGUUUUGGACAUCUACCAGAUGGAAUCCAGCAGCGGCGUCAUAUUGUCCAUGGGUGGCCAAGCACCAAACAACAUCGCUCUGCCGCUCUACCGAUCUAAUGUCAAGAUUCUCGGAACCUCACCAGAAAUGAUCGAUACUGCAGAGAACCGAUACAAGUUCUCUCGUAUGCUCGACAGACUGGGCGUUGACCAGCCAGAAUGGAAGGAACUUACGAGUAUUGAGGAGGCCCGCGCAUUCUGUGACCGCGUCACCUACCCCGUGCUGGUUCGUCCUUCAUACGUGCUGUCUGGUGCUGCCAUGAACACAGUGUACUCGGAGCACGAUCUCAAGAACUACCUGGCCCAAGCUGUCGAGGUUUCCAAGGAGCACCCAGUCGUCAUCACCAAGUAUAUCGAGAACGCCAAGGAGAUUGAGAUGGACGCCGUUGCGCACAACGGUACCAUGAUUGGGCACUUCGUCUCUGAGCACGUCGAAAACGCUGGUGUGCACUCUGGAGACGCCACGCUUAUUCUGCCUCCUCAAGAUUUGGAUCCGGAGACUGUCCGCAAGAUCGAAGACGCCACUCGUAAGAUCGGUGAUGCACUCAACGUGACUGGACCUUACAACAUUCAAUUCAUCGCCAAGGACAACGACAUUAAGGUCAUCGAGUGUAACGUUCGUGCUUCGCGAUCAUUCCCAUUCGUGUCAAAGGUCACGGGUCUCGACAUGAUCGAACUGGCAACCAAGGCUAUGGCCGGUCUUCCUGUCCAGGCCUACCCACCGAUCAAAAUGCCACCCGAGUACGUCGCCGUCAAGGUGCCACAGUUCUCUUUCUCGCGUCUUGCUGGAGCCGAUCCAGUCAUGGGUGUCGAGAUGGCAUCUACCGGUGAGGUCGCAUGUUUCGGUCGCACCAAGUACGAGGCCUACAUGAAGGGUCUCAUCUCCACAGGAUUCAAGCUCCCGAAGAAGAACGUCCUGCUCUCGAUUGGAUCGUUUAAGGACAAGGUUGAAAUGCUGCCAAGUAUUCAAGAGCUUUACAAGAUGGGAUUCAAGCUCUUCGCCACUGCUGGUACUGCAGACUUCUUGGAGGAGCAUGGCAUUCGCGUGCAAUUCUUAGAAGCUCUUGGCUCGGACGACCAGCGUGAGGAGUAUUCUCUGACCCACGCUCUGGCCAACAACUUGAUUGAUCUGUACAUCAACUUGCCAUCCGCGAACAAGUACCGACGACCGGCGAACUACAUGUCCAAGGGAUACCGCACUCGUCGUAUGGCUGUCGACUUCCAGACCCCACUGGUGACCAACGUCAAAAUUGCGAAGAUCUUAAUCACAGGUAUCUCGCGCAACUACGACUACAACAUCAGCAGCGUCGACUACCAGGACUUCUCGCAGCAAGCACUUGUGCCUUCGUCAGUGCCCAAGCCUCUACCUACAGUGCCAGUGACGGAUCUUCUUAAGCGUUCGACCUUCAAAGGCAAGGACCUCGUUUCAGUCAAGCAGCUCACCAAGGAAGACUUGCAUCUGCUCUUCACUGUUGCUGCUGAGAUGCGUCUGGGUGUUGAGCGUGACGGCUCUUUGGAUAUCCUCAAGGGCCGGGUCCUGUGCUCCAUGUUUUUCGAGCCCUCGACUAGAACAUCAUGCUCUUUCGAUGCCGCUAUGAAGCGUCUUGGUGGCCAGACUAUCGUCGUCAACGAAGCUCACUCCAGCACCAAGAAGGGCGAGUCAUUGGCUGACACCAUCCGGACACUGGACCAGUACGGCGAUGCCAUCGUCCUCCGCCACCCAGACAACGACAGCGCAGACAUCGCAGCCAAAUACGCCGACUGCCCCAUCAUCAACGCCGGCAACGGCUCUCGCGAGCACCCAACCCAAGCACUCCUCGAUCUCUUCACCAUUCGCGAAGAACUCGGAACAGUCAACGGCCUCACCAUCACCUUCACUGGCGACCUCAAAUACGGCCGAACCGUCCACUCUCUCUGCGAAGUCCUCAAACACUACAACGUCAAAAUCCAACUCGCCGCCCCCGCAGCCCUCGCCCUCCCCUCCAAAGUCAAAGCCGCCCUCGAAAGCCGCGGCCAACUCGGCACAGUCUCCGAACAACUCACACCGGAAAUCAUCGCCAACACCGAUGUCCUCUACUGCACCCGCGUGCAAAAAGAGCGAUUCGAUUCUGAGGCUGCUUACGAGGCUGCGUUGGAAGAAGGUGGUUUCUCGGUCAGCGCUAAGACUCUGCGCGAUGCGAAGAAGAAUAUGAUUGUUAUGCAUCCGCUGCCGAGGAAUGAGGAACUUGCGGCUGACGUGGAUGAUGAUCCGAGAGCGGCGUAUUUCAGACAGAUGAGGUAUGGUAUGUUUGUGAGGAUGGCGCUUUUGGCACUUGUUAUGACGCCUUGAACAAUCGGUGGGAGAACGGAAGUGGAGUGAAUGGGAGAGGAUUUGUGAUAUGGCGAAGGGAAGGAAGGAAGGAAGGAAAAAUGGGCUUUCACGCAUGCUACGAAAUGACCGAAAAGUAAAACUGUGUUUUCUGUUUUUGAUAUGCUGUGCUUUUGCUCUGCAGCUGGGGUGUUUGUAAAUGGUAUUCCCUCUGAUCCGCUGCGUGUUGUGGUAUAGAUAGUUUCGAGGCGCCGGGCGUUUUCGAUUGGAAUUGUCUCCAGCAAUGAACGCUCGACGAAGCUCAUGAAAUCAGUUUUGUGUAGUAACAGAUGUCUAUAAUGAAUACAUUAGAGAUGAAAAUGCG